AUGCCCAUCUACCACCACAUCUUGAGAAAAUCACAAAGAAAGAGUCCGUUUCCGCUUCCGCGCAUUCCUUCUUUAUACGACGAAGUUGAAGUUGUCUACGCCACCAUUCCACCGAUGGCUGGCGCCUCAGCUGAUUGGGGCGUCCUAUGGGAUCAAGCUGAAGCCGUCUCAAACCAUACGCAGAAGGGCAUCGAAUUCCUCGAAAAAGUUGGAACGUACGCCAAGGAAAGAGCGGCCAUAGAGGAUGAGUACGCUGCUAAAUUGAGAGCUUUGGCCAAAAAGAGCACCGGGAAGAAGAAAGAGGAAGAAGCAUUCACCUAUGUGCGCUCAUUCUACGAGGUCUUGAAGGAACUGGAGAGUCUUGCUGCUCAACAUGAGGUGAUCGCCGAACGUUUGCGCAAAGAAGUUGUGCCUCACAUCGCUAAUUCCACUUCAACGCAUCGGCAAUCACGAAAGCAAUGCCUUGGUGAUCUCCAACAGAUCCACCAAAACCUCAAUACAACGAUGGAACACCACUUCAAGCAACAAAAGUCUUAUGGCAAGGCGUUCAAGGAAGCAGAAGCGGCUUAUCUCAAAUACUACAAGGCCGAGAAGAACAUGGAGAUUAGUCGGCUCGACCUAGAGAAGGCAAAAACCAAUGCGCAGACAAAGACGUACAUGUGCGACCAGGCAAAGGCGGCGUCGAUUUCAGCGCUGGAGGCGGCCAAUCAAGCCCAGAAUCAACACUAUACCAUACUUUUGCCGCAGGUCUUGGAAAGGAUGAGGAACGUUGAUGAAGAACGGAUUCGUGACACCAAAUCCGCCAUGGAUCAGACGAUAAUGAUCGAAAUGGAAGUCGCGCCAGUUGUUGCCCGUUGCCACAACGACAUGAGGAACCACGUCUCGCAGAUUAACGAAAAUCGGGAUAGCCUGACUGUGAUAGAUGCCUACAAGACCGGGUACAAACAUCCCAGCCCCUUCCCAUUCGAGGAUCUCGGUCGGCCAGAAGAAAUCCUGACUGCCGGCCCAAAUGGCGAGCCCGGGGAUGGAACGCUGAAAAGGGGAAUGCUUGGCGCUCCCAAGAAAGACGGCAAGGGCGUCUCCAGGAAGCAGAGCAUGUUGCAGCAGAAAUUCUUUGGCGGAGGCGAAAAGGCUAAAUCGGCUGAUUCUGAUUAUGGAACUCUGCCGCCUCAACAACGCGCCCGUCGAUUAAGCGAGAAGAUUUCCCAGCUUGAGCUCGUCAUGCGCAAAAAUGUGCAAGCCCAGGAAGGAAUCGUGCGUAUGCAGGCGACAUACAAGGAGAAUCCUCGCCUUGGGAAUCCUGCUGAUUGCGAUGCCCAACUUUCGCAGUAUACGAAGGAAAUCGAAAGCCUUCGCGUCGAGAUCAGCAAGCUCACCGUUUUGCUGAAUGCGGCCAAUCGGGAAAUGGGAGGUGUAGAGACGCCAAUGUCGGUGAGAUCAGCAGAUUCGGCUGCCCAGUCCAUGACGUCUGAAAACUCCACGGAGCCAACACCCCGCCUGAACGCUAACGGACACUCAAGCCAGCGUACUUCUUACAGCGAAGACAGUGUCUCGAGCGCGGGCAGUCGAACCAAUGGUCACGCUCCAAUCGGCAGAGAAGAGGUCUACGAGGAGCCAACCCUUGGUACUUGUGUGGCCAUCUUUGCAUUCGACGGAUCGACAGACGGGACGAUAAGCCUGGUGGUCAAUGAAGAAUAUUUGUUGCUAGAGAAGGAUGAAGGCGAUGGGUGGACGCGAGUGCGCAAGUUACAUGAAGCUCAGGAGGGUUUCGUUCCAACAAGCUACCUCAAGUGCAAAUAUUAUCCGGAA